AUGAAGAUCCUCACCGAGAGAGGCUACAGCUUCACCACCACAGCCGAAACAGAAAUCGGGAAGAUCUAUGAGCUUCCCGACGGUCAGGUCAUCACCAUCAGAAACGGGAGGUGCGACGUAGGUAUCCGUAAGGACCUGUAUGCCAACACUGUGCUGUCUGGAGGUAGCACCAUGUACCCUGGCAUUGCUGACAGAAUGCAGAAGGAAAUCACUGCCCUGGCCCCUGGCACAAUGAAAAUCAAGAUCAUUGCACCACCCGAGCGCAAGCAGGAAUACGAUGAAUCUGGCCCAUCCAUCGUCCACCACAAAUGCUUUUAA